AUGGGAGCUGAUAUUCAGCCGUAUGCCUGGCUAAUAUUGUUUGCCGCGUUCAUGGGACUGUUUCUAAAUAGUUCAUUAAAUUAUUCAUCUGGUGUGAUACAUGUAGCUUUACUGCAAAAAUAUCCAGAGGAAGAUGUAACAAAUAUAGCUUGGCUAGGAUCACUGUUUUCUUGCAUGUUCGCCUUUACUGGUAUAUUGGCUAGUGUCAUUAUCAAUACAUUCAAUGUCCGGGUAUGUGUUAUGGCCAGUGGAAUAUUUACUGUAGUUGGUUUCACAAUGAGUUAUUUUGUACAAGAUUUUAAACUUCUCUUUUUAACAUAUGGCUUAAUAGGAGGAUGUGGCCAAGGUUUAUGUCAUACCGGGUGUUUGGUAUCGCUGGGAUAUUACUUCAAAGAAAAAAUAGGCAUGGUUUCCGGCAUAGCAUUAAGUGGUUGUGGACUCUGUAUGUUCGUUUUUCCACCAUUAACCCAAUUUCUUUUUGAUACUUAUGGCAUAAAUGGUGCAUUUCUUAUAUUGGGUGGAAUCGGAUUUCAGGCAACAAUGCUUGGUUCUUUGAUGACUCCAACAAAAUAUGAAAAACACACGAGUCGACGUUUAUGUCGCAAAUCUCACGACGGUAAUAAAGAUUAUCUCAUAAAAAAGAAAUCAGUUCAUCAGACAGCUGGAAGUGGCCUGGCAUUGUUUCGGUCAUUUUCUGUAUGGGGCUUGAUGAUCAGCACUUUUUGUUUUUCAAUGGCUUUAUCGACAGUGUAUCUCUUACUACCAGAGUACUUUAUACAUCAUGGAUCGUCCAAACAAGAAGCUGCCUUGGUGUUAUCUGUAUGCGGGGUAACUGGUAUAAUAUCCAGAGUAAUGGUGGGUUUUCUUUCAUCAUCUUUCGACGUAUCUGUGGUUUAUUCCACCUUGUUUGGAAUAACGGCGACGGUUACGUUAUGUCUGAAAGUAAUGACCUCUUUAGCUAGUAAAAUGACUUAUACUGCAAUGUUUGGAAUGUACGUUGGUGGUUGUUGGGUACUACAUUAUAAUCUAGUGGUUGAAUGUGUUGGACUUGAUCAACUUUCUACUUGUUAUGGUCUAGUAAUGAUGAUAGGAGGAAUUGGCUAUCUUGUUGGACCACCCAUCGCAGGUAAGGUUUAA